AUGGUUCCUCUCCUCGUCGACGGCGGCAGCUGGAAGCAGAGCAGGCUGGCAACUUCCGGCGGUGGCGGAACUCGGCAGUGGCGCGAGGUAGGCCACUAUCUGAAUAGGAAGCAGUGUGGUGUGGCAGGGUGGGGAGCCUUGAAGCUAGAUAUGGCUAAGGCGUAUGAUCGGAUGGAGUGGACUUUUUUGAAGCAGAUGUUAACAGCCCUGGGAUUUAGUGGCAGAUGGAUUGAGUUGAUAAUGUAUUGUGUCACUACGGUUUCAUACGAAUUUUUGGUAAAUGGUUUCUCAGCGGGACAGGUGAUACCCACAAGAGGUUUGAGACAGGGAGAUCCUCUGUCGCUUUUGCAACAGGCACAACAGUGUGGGAAAAUACAUGGAUGCAGAGUAGCCAGGGGAGCACCGCCAAUAUCUCAUUUGUUUUUUGCAGAUGACAGCUUGCUUUUCUUUAAAGCAAAUGUUGCGGAAGCCGGGGAGGUAAAGAGAUGUUUGAUUGAAUAUGAGGCCUUGCCUGGACAGGCAGUAAACUACCAUAAAUCCAGUGUGUGUUUUAGUAAAAAUACAACGGAGGAUUGCAGGGAUCAAGUGGCGCAGCUUUUGGGUGUUCCGAAAGCAACAGAUUUUAGCAAGUAUUUGGGCCUGCCUUCGUUUAUUAGGCGGAGGAAGAUGGCGGUGUUCUCAUAUAUUGAGGACAAAAUAAAACAGAGGAUAGGCACAUGGAAUAAAAGGCUGUUAUCCCAGGCUGGAAAGGAGGUACUUUUGAAAAGUGUAGCACAAUCAAUGCCUACCUUUUCUAUGAGUGUUUUCUGCUACCUGAAGCAGUAUGCCAAGCAAUUCAAAGAGCAAUGA